AUGACCACGCGAAAGAUUGGUACCAGUCGGGCUUAUUACCAGUUAGGCUUGGUACCAAUCCUACCAAUCUCCAGUCAGGCUUGGUACCAAUCCUACCAAUCUCCAGUCAGGCUUGGAUUGGUACCAAUCCUACCAAUCUCCAGUCAGGAUUGGUACCAAUCCUACCAAUCUCCAGUCAGGAUUGGUACCAAUCCUACCAAUCUCCAGUCAGGAUUGGUACCAAGCCUAACUGGUACCAAUCCCGGCUUGAUAAGUUUGGAUGCGGAACAACAAUCCGAUAUUAAUUUUAUUAUUUGGAAAAAUCCAUGA